AUGCGAUCGCGGUUAGCCGUUAUUUUUCGUCAAAGCUUUAGACCUCAUAUAAUUACAACCGGAAUAACAACUGGAUUAGUUACAGGUUAUUUAUUUUCAAAAUAUAAAUCAACCGUUCAUGCAAAUACACAUGCAAAUGUUAUUAUUGGAGAAAGAAUGCCAAGUCUACCAAUUUACAGCAUGUCCGAAGUUGCCAAACAUACAACGAAAGAAAGCGGUAUUAAGAACAUAAAAUAUAGACACGUUUUACUUGAUAAAGGUUAUUGGCUUGCCUAUAAAGAUGGUGUAUACGAUGUAAGCUCAUUUGUUGAAAAUCAUCCAGGUGGCAAACAAAUACUAAAAACUGCUGGUAAAGCUCUUGAAUCUUGUUGGAAAAUAUUUACGAUCCAUCAAAUUGAUCAUGUCUAUGAAACCUUAGAACAGUAUCGAAUAGGCAAUCUACCAAAGGGUGAAAGAGAAGCGAAUGAAAAACAUCAAGAGACAGUUCUCGAUCUAUUCCAAUAUGAUCCAGAGCGUGUCAAUGCCAACGAAACAUUUUUCAUUCGAUCACAACGACCGUUUAAUGCUGAAACAAAACCUAAUCUACUUGUUUCAUCAUUUUUAACAUCCGUUGAAAACUUCUAUGUACGAAAUCAUAUGCAUGUGCCAGUUGUUAAUAUUAAUGAAUUCAAAUUAGAAAUUCGCAAUGAAAAAUCCAGCCGUUCGCUUUCCUAUGAUGAUUUAGUCGAUAAAUAUAAAUCACAUACCAUAACUUCAGCUGUGCAAUGCGCUGGAAAUCGUCGUGCUGCGAUGAAUAAUGAACAUCAAGGAGCAGCACUGGGCACGCAAUGGUACGUUGGAGCUAUUGGAAAUGCUCGUUGGACCGGUGUUAAAUUACGUGAUCUUUUGGAAUCAUUUGGUCUUGAUAAAGAAGGAGAACAUGUUCAAUUUUGGGGUCUCGAUUGUGAUACAUCACAAAGAUGUUAUGGUGCAUCCAUUCCAAUGGAAAAAGCGCUCAGCGAAGAUGUGCUACUUGCGUAUGAAAUGAACGGUGAAUUACUAUCGAGUGAUCAUGGCUAUCCUCUACGUGUAAUUGUACCGGGGACAAUUGGAGCUCGUAGUGUUAAAUGGGUGAAUCGAAUUAUUGUUUCCGAUAAAGAAGCCGACAGUCAUUGGCAAAUGUCUGAUUAUAAAAUUCUUCCACCAUCAAUAAAAGAACCACAACAAGCCGAUUUUGAUAGAGUACCUGCUUUGCAAGAAUCCAAUGUGCAAUCUGCUAUUUGUUCUCCGUCGUCGGAUGAGGAUGGAAAUAAAAUUAAAGUUUUAUCAGUAAAACCAAAUGAUAAAGAUAAACGACUUACAGUUAAAGGCUAUGCAUUAGGUGGAGGCGGAAGAGCGAUACAAAAUGUACAGAUCAGUCUUGAUCAUGGCAAAACUUGGUUUCAAGCGGAACUUGAACAACUUGCACAGCCCCAUAUGCGUGCGUGGUCAUGGACGUUGUGGACGUAUCAUAUCAAUGCCAGUGAUAUACCUUCGAAACCAUUCGAUAUUGUUUGCCGCGCGAUGGAUACACAUGGAAAUACCCAACCGGAUACUCCAUUAGGAAUUUGGAAUGUUCGUGGCGUUAUGAAUAAUGCUUGGCAUAAGAUCACUCUACAAAUAGACGAUAGUUUUUUAAAAAAAGCCAAAGAGCUUAAGUAA